GCCGCAGAGGGACCGAGCGGGCCGCCGCUGCUGGCCGCGUCCAGCCCUCGCCGCGAGGUGUGGAAAUUAAAACAACACAAAUAUUUUCACUGGGACUUUGAUCAAGCAAAUGCUAACAAGCCACAUAAAGAAGAUAAUUUCUCAACAAUUAUAUAGUCAACUGAUGUAACAAUGGUACUAAUAUUGGGACGAAGACUAAACAGAGAGGAUCUUGGGGUGCGUGAUUCCCCAGCAACUAAGCGUAAAGUUUUUGAAAUGGACCCUAAAUCUCUGACAGCUCAUGAGUUUUUAGAGUUCUCUUCAGAAUCAUCCCAUGCUGAAAACAUACUCCAGAUAUUUAAUGAAUUCCGAGAUAGCCGCUUAUUCACAGACGUUAUCAUUUGUGUGGAAGGAAAGGAAUUUCCUUGCCAUAGAGCUGUUCUCUCAGCCUGCAGUAGCUACUUCAGAGCAAUGUUUUGUAAUGACCACAGAGAAAGCCGAGAAAUGUUAGUGGAGAUCAAUGGAAUUUUAGCUGAAGCUAUGGAAUGUUUCUUGCAGUAUGUUUAUACAGGAAAGGUGAAGAUCACUACAGAAAAUGUGCAGUAUCUCUUUGAGACAUCAAGCCUCUUUCAGAUCAGUGUUCUCCGUGAUGUGUGUGCCAAGUUCUUGGAGGAGCAACUUGAUCCUUGUAACUGCUUAGGAAUCCAGCGCUUUGCUGACACCCAUUCACUCAAGACACUAUUCACAAAAUGCAAGAAUUUUGCAUUACAGACUUUUGAGGAUGUGUCCCAGCAUGAAGAAUUUCUUGAGCUUGACAAAGAUGAACUUAUUGAUUAUAUUUGUAGCGAUGAACUUGUUAUUGGUAAAGAGGAAAUGGUUUUUGAAGCCGUCAUGCGUUGGGUCUAUCAUGCUGUCGAUCUGAGAAGACCACUGUUGCAUGAGCUCUUAACACAUGUGAGACUUCCUCUGUUACAUCCCAACUACUUUGUUCAAACAGUUGAGGUGGACCAAUUGAUCCAGAAUUCUCCUGAGUGUUACCAGUUGUUACAUGAAGCAAGACGGUACCACAUACUUGGAAAUGAAAUGAUGUCCCCACGCACUAGGCCACGAAGGUCAACUGGCUAUUCUGAGGUGAUAGUUGUCGUUGGAGGCUGUGAACGAGUUGGAGGGUUUAAUCUUCCAUACACUGAGUGCUAUGAUCCUGUGACAGGAGAAUGGAAGUCUUUGGCUAAGCUUCCAGAAUUUACCAAAUCAGAAUAUGCAGUCUGUGCUCUAAGGAAUGACAUUCUUGUUUCAGGUGGACGAAUCAAUGGCCGUGAUGUCUGGAUUUAUAAUUCACAAUUAAAUAUUUGGAUCAGAGUUGCUUCUCUAAAUAAAGGCAGGUGGCGUCACAAAAUGGCUGUCCUUCUUGGUAAAGUGUAUGUUGUCGGAGGCUAUGAUGGGCAAAACAGACUUAGCAGCGUAGAAUGUUAUGACUCCUUUUCAAAUCGAUGGACUGAAGUUGCUCCCCUUAAGGAAGCAGUGAGUUCUCCUGCUGUGACUAGCUGUGUAGGCAAAUUGUUUGUGAUUGGUGGAGGACCUGAUGAUAAUACUUGUUCUGAUAAGGUUCAAUCUUACGAUCCAGAAACCAAUUCUUGGCUACUUCGUGCAGCUAUCCCAAUUGCCAAGAGAUGUAUUACAGCUGUAUCCUUAAACAACCUGAUAUAUGUUGCUGGUGGACUGACCAAGGCAAUAUACUGUUAUGACCCAGUUGAAGAUUACUGGAUGCAUGUACAGAAUACAUUCAGUCGACAGGAAAACUGUGGUAUGUCUGUGUGUAAUGGUAAAAUAUACAUCCUGGGUGGAAGACGGGAAAAUGGAGAUGCAACAGACACUAUUCUCUGUUAUGAUCCCUCGACGAGUAUCAUCACGGGGGUAGCUGCAAUGCCCAGGCCAGUGUCCUAUCAUGGCUGUGUGACUAUUCAUAGAUAUAAUGAGAAAUUCUUUAAGCUCUAAAACCAGGAUACCUCACCCAAGAAGCCGCACCAAUCCAAGAUGGAGAGGUUUUUGAAACUCCAGAGUGGGAACUUGACUUAUCUCCUUUGUGCUAUAGGCACAAAAAAAUAAAAUAAAAUAAAAAUAAUAAUUGUGGUGCCUUUCUCCCCAAAAUAUCAAUCUUUUAAAUGGUAAUAAAGCCUUUAUUGUAUUUGAAAAAA